CGUUAAGGUCUCCGAUAGAUGUCUCUAACCUAUGAAGACCGUGCUUUACCCUCACUUGUUUGUGGUAAGAUUACUUCGUGGAGGUCGCUUAUAACCCCAGCACGUGCGAAAUUCCACGUGCAGUUUGUUUUAAAUACGACACCAAAGGACGUUUAUUAGUUUUUAAACUGAAGUUAUAUUUAUUGAAAAAUUACUUUUCAUACAAAUUUUAGCUCUAAAACUUUUAAUUUACGCGGUAGGAAAAAAAAAAGGUGAAAUUGUUAUGCAGUCUUUGAAAUUUAAAAGCAAAAAUUAACAUUGGGGAACGAAGAAUCCAGGCUGUUAAGUUUCUUAUCACUUUUGGGAAGCGUUAAAACAAGUUAUUUAGUACCCAACUUUGUGUUAUUGGUAUUUAUUUGUGAUAUAUAGCAGUUGUGGGACUGUUUGGAAAAAAAAGAAAGAAAUCUUUAAAUUGUGAUAAACUAAAGAUGUCAGCCUGUUGGAGAAAAACAGCACGAACUAUUUACCUCUCCGCCAUUGGAAUUCUUAUACAUCUAAGCACCUCAACGAGUGAUAUUGAGCCACUGUUACACAGCUGUUGUAAACUUGGAACUACUUGGGGUAAUAACAUACCAAACUGUGGAAAUUAUCCUACACCUAUUCCACAAGUCCCAAAAAAUCAGCAGUCUGUUUGUCUCUCUGUCCUUGAGAUAUGUUGUACUCAGGUUCAUCGUCAUCGCAUGUGCAAGAGAGGAAAGGAGACGGCACAGUCUGGACAAGAAUGUUCAGUUAUACCUACUCUUGAAGGAGUUACUCACAAGGACUGCUGUGAUGGCUGUAAAAUAGGACUUAUUGUGGCUGGUAUGAAUAUGCCAUGUCUUCUCAGCAAUUUUCCUUUUCAAUCUCCUUGGCAUGAAGCUUACAUUGACUGUUGCAGUUUGAAUUAUAACUCACAAGGAGGAAACAGUGAUGACAGAUGUGAAACAAAUAAUCCAUGUUCUCAGAAAUGUAUUGAUACUGGUCUUGUUAUCCAAUGUUCCUGCUAUUCAGGAUUUGUACUAGCUUCUGAUCAAAGAACUUGUGAAGAUAUAAAUGAAUGUUUAUUGGGAACCCACGCAUGUAAUGCCCUUACUGAAACGUGCCAUAACACUAUUGGUAGCUUUCAAUGCUUCAGAAAGGGAGAAGAGAGCCAACUUCUAGAUGAUGAUUGUCAGUUAGGCUACUAUAAAAAUCUGCAGACUGGAGAGUGUAAUGACUUGGAUGAGUGUACUCUUGGAACUCACAGCUGUAUCCAUGAGGCAGAAGUGUGUUUAAAUACACCUGGUUCUUACACCUGUUCCCAAAAUAUAGGCUUCCAGUGUCAGCCAGGUUUCAAGCCAGGAAAUAGAACUGGAGUUUGCAUUGAUGUGGAUGAAUGUGCAGAAGGUUUAGAUAACUGCUUGCCAAGUGUAGAAGUGUGUUUAAAUAAUCAUGGAUCUUACCAGUGCCAAGAUCGAUCCAGUCAAGAUUGUCCAGCAGGUUUCAAGUGGAGUACAGAUCUUGGGGCCUGUGAAGGUA